GGGUGGACAGCCGCCUGCGCAUGUCAAGGCUGACUGAACAUACGCGGUCAAGGGGGACCUGGAGAAGGGCAGUUGGCCACCCGCCACCCAGGGUCGGGGCCCCGGCACUAUCUGGGGGCGAGCUCCGGGGAAGGGGCCCACCCUCCCUAUCCCCUCCCCCUGAGAUCGGCAGCGCCACAGGAGCUUCCGCCUCCUUCCCCGCCCCUCCGGACCUUCCCGGGGAGCAGAGGGCGGGUGUGGACAGUACCGAGGUGGAACGAAUUUUGGAGCUCAGACGGGUGGCCCGGGUGGCUUCGGGCGUGGGGGGCACGCCCAGCUUGGAGAAGGCGGUGCAGGCGGAUGAAGCCGAAGCUCGUGGGUCUUGGUGGAUCCUGGUCUGAGAGUAGCUAUUCCCAGGGGAGGUGAGAGGUGAAUCAACAUGGACCCCUUCGACAGCCCAGCCUCCUAAAGCCAGCCGUGCUGCUCUCUUCGGAGCUGAGCUGUCACCGAGGCUGAAGCAGGAGGAGCAGCUGAGCCACUGGAAUUUGUGAAGUUCCGGGGUGGGCGGGGAAGCCCCGGAAGCCACCCGCCGGAAAAAAGAUGCCUGCCUUCAACAGAUUGUUUCCCCUGGCUUCCCUCGUGCUCGUCUUCUGGGUCGGCGUCUGCCUCCCCGUGUGCGUGGAGGUUCCCUCGGAGACGGAGGCUGUGCAGGGCACCCCGAUGAAGCUGCGCUGCAUCUCCUGCAUGAAGAGGGAGGAGGUGGAGGCCACCACGGUGGUGGAGUGGUUCUACAGGCCCGAGGGCGGUAAAGACUUCCUUAUCUAUGAGUACCGGAAUGGCCAGCAGGAAGUGGAGAGCCCCUUCCAGGGACGCCUGCAGUGGAAUGGGAGCAAAGACUUGCAGGAUGUGUCCAUCACUGUGCUUAACGUCACUCUGAAUGACUCUGGCCUCUACACCUGCAACGUGUCCCGGGAGUUUGCUUUUGAGGCACAUCGCCCCUUUGUGAAGACUACACGGCUGAUCCCCCUCCGAGUCACCGAGGAGGCUGGAGAGGACUUCACCUCGGUGGUCUCGGAGAUCAUGAUGUACAUCCUCCUGGUCUUCCUCACCUUGUGGCUGCUCAUCGAGAUGAUAUAUUGCUACAGGAAGGUCUCAAAGGCCGAAGAGGCAGCCCAAGAAAACGCGUCCGACUACCUUGCCAUCCCCUCGGAGAACAAAGAGAGUUCCGCGGUACCAGUGGAGGAAUAGAGGGUGUGCCUGAGGUGAUGUGCAGGGAAGGGCCGGGGAAGUUGCAUCAGGACGGCAGCUCGUGCAAGUGACUCUGUCCAUCCACACCCAAGUGACUUUAAAUCUGCCCCCUUAGAUUUCUACCCUACCCAGAGUCCCCCCGCUCAGGGUACCACUUUAAGUUGAUGAUGCCCAGAUCACAAAGCUGUAGGUCAAGCCCUUCAGAAGGUGAAUUGCUUGGCCUCAGUGCUGGAGCAACUUGAACUUCUUUCCCACCGUGACAACAAGUCAUUCCCCCACUCCCUCCUUUGUAAGGAUUGUGGAUUUGGUCAGAGUCUUUGACUGGGCUGGACUGGGCCUGGCUGGAAAUUCUCAGUGAGUUGUUUUAUCGUUGGUAGGUGGUCUGGACACUGAGGGACUGGAUAUUCCGGGUUCCGUGAUGUCAACGGCGUCAGGAGGGUGCCCCAGGGGCCACAUUGCUUCCCCUGUGCAUCCAUCCUUCUAUUCAUUCAUAAUACAACCGCUCACGUCUGAACUUUCCCCUCUGACUUCCUGACUCCAUCAGACCUCUGCGUACCCUAAGAUUUUGCCAGAAUUGAGAAGCCAACAUUUCUACAUGGACUCAAACUCACCCUGUUCUAGCUUUCAGGCGAGGAGCACCCACGCCAACUGGACUUCUUCCCUGGGCUCCAAAUGACCCUGUCCAAAUGCUGGAGAUGGCACAUCCCUCUGUCCCUCACUGGCUGGACCUGGCUCAUCCUUCAUUGCUGCAAGUGAAUGUAUGUCUUCACGGAAGGAAGCAGGAAUGAUUAAUUCGGGUUAAAGCAAGAGUGUCAUGAAGUGGGAUUCCUUGAAGUCAGUUUUUUUCAAGUUCCUGGCGCACUUGACUAGGGCAUCAGAGCAACGCAUGCCUUUCUAGAUUCUUCAGUGAUAGAAAGUGUACGAAGCAUGAAACAAAAUGUUCUUGGAACUUGGAACUCUAGGGCUCGAUCCCGAUGGGUCUCUAAGGCCUAAGUUGGGCUCAGUCCUUCAAGAAGCCAAAGACAGAAGUGGCUCUUUAAAGUCUACAACAUGUUCGUAACCCUAUUAGGGUACCUUGGAUGCGUCCUCCAAGGCGAGCACCCACCUGAGAUAGCUGGGAAGCAUUAUUUCCCUGGGGGCGUUGGAACAGAAAUUCCUAAGUUCUUCCUCUCUAAAUUCCUGUAGAUCAGUAUUAUUCCUCAUUUUACAGGAGGCAACCGGGACUCAGAGCGGGCUCAGCUGAGUGAGAGACUUCGGAGGUUAAACUGGAGCACAGGAAGCCUUAGGUGCCACCCAGCUGAGACUUUGGAGAUGGGAUAAUUUUGUUUUUAAAAAGACCUUGAAACUGAGCUUGGCCACGGCCAUCGUUCACAAGCACAGGGGUGGAUUGCUUGGCUGAGGUUAACUCUGAUAGAGUCAGGUAACUGGGAAGUGCUUGAAAGGCCCGGAGUAGACUGGGGUAGGACACGGGGUAGACUGGAAGAAUCUCCUCAGUGAAGAUGAAAAAUCCUCCAGGAGGAAGUGGCAUCUGGGAAUGAUAUUUAAGCUAAGAAAUGUGCUUUGUAGUCUCGGAUGGAUGACGCAUGAGUGAGUAAAGAGACGGGCGGGCCUAGGCGGCUUCCAAAUAUUUCACCUGUGAAUCCAUGAUGUCUUGUUGUUGGAUUUUUUUUCUAGAUUUGAGGACAGCAGAGGAACACUGAAAAAAUUUUAGUCCGUAUCUCAUUUCAUUUCAAUUGAGUGACUGGUCCAAGUGUGAUGUCCUUUGGCACCUAGCGAGGAGGAAGGGGAAGGCUGCUUUAUGGGAUAUGAGAGCAUAUCGGUUGCAGGGCCCAGGCAGUGAGAGGUCCCUCAGAUCCGGGGGAACUUAUGAGGGAAAGAGCACACUUCACUGGCUCUGGGCCUCAGCUGACAAACUCAUUUUUUUUCAGCUCUUCCAUCCUUGGGGGAUCUACUUGAGACAAGCCCUUGCUCACAUCCUCAACAGUCCAAUUUUAUUGAAGAAAAUACUUUUGGUAAACUCAAGACCUUUCUCCUUGGUGAUUCCCACACAAUUCCUCUGAAAUGGGGGACAGAAUAUAGAUUAUUUUCCGUACUUUGUAAUUAGGAAGAUAGAUAGGCGCAGAUUCCUGUCCCGUGGCUGGUGGAUGGCCGAGCUUACAGCAGAAGCAAGCUGCUUACUACGGGCGCACCCUCCUCUUGCUUCCAGUAGACAAUGCAAAUGGAUCAAACCCGUAAUCAAGUAGUAGGCAUGCCGGCUGCCUUGUUCCUUUUCAAAAAGCCCAACCCAGGUUAUUUCCUGAGUGGUUUUUAAUGAGCUCAAUGGCACCUAUCAUUUUUUCCCUUCUUUAUCUUUUACAAGGAAUCUUCUCAAUUCUUGUUUCUAACUUCUCCACCCUUCUCAUCCUUAACUCCGUCAUUAGAGCAGCACGGCUUACGUGGUGCUUUCGUUUCCGCUACCUUAGUUCUUCUCUACAGCUGGCACUGUGAGGUGGGUAUUACUGAUACCCGUGUAACAAACGAGCACACUGAGGCUGUCGGAGGCUAAGCAGCUUUACCACAUCCUACAUCCGAGCAGCUGGUAAGUGGAGAGCUGGGGUCAGUUCUUCUUCAGACUCCUGGCCCAGUUCCCUUUCCACUCAGACCACAGCUGCUUCCUUUCCUCUUAUUGCUGAAUUUCCGUCCCCUCUUCGCCUCUCUUGCACGUCCCCGAGGUGUCGCCUCUCUCGCCCCGACACCACUCGACUGCCCCUCCGCCACUUUGCUUCUUAGCAGGUGCUCGUGAUGUGCUUUGAGUCUCUAUCUUGUUUUGGUUUUCCCUUUCUAGCUGGUUUGCACAUUGCUCUUUCUCCUGAAUGGCAACUCAACUCCUUCCUGGGACACUUGAUCAGCACUACAAAACCUGUCAUUCCCAACCUGCUUCAAAUCCUCCCCAUCCUGUUUCUCCCCAUAUUCCUAGAGGAGCCAGAUCAAACGUGCAUCGCUCUGGAAACUUCAGCUGGCAUGUUGUUCUCAUUAAAGGGCUUAGAAAUGUCCUCAAGGGCUAUUAUUACUUUAGGAACCCCAUCUGUUGUCCUGGUGCUGGGUAUGUCCCAUGACUGAUCCCUCAAUAACAAUUCACUAAAGGCCAAGCCAGGCUGGGUCUGAUUUUUCUUUUCCUACUGCUGUAACAGCCAAGAACUGGAUUGCUCAACUCAGUUGGCGCUGUAGACACCCUGCCCUGCGGACCUUUACUGCCAGCUCGGUCUUAACGCACAGCCUCCUGCACGUUAAUACUGUGACAGGCCUGUCCCUACCCCACCCUCUACUUUCAAUCUGUUUACAAGCGUUAUCCUUUACUUCCUUCAUCCCCCAACUUCCACAUGCCCAGAUUUCUGAUUCUCUGAGUUUCUGCUUUCUCUUUCGAUGCCCAACUAGACAGGUUAGUAGGAAAGGAAUUUUUCAAAGCAGGAAUAUGCUGGAGAAACGUGUAGAGCAGAGAAUGGUUAAGAGACAGCAGUAGCUCCCCCCUCCCCCACAGAACUACUAGAUCAAAAAGGAAAGUGCACCCGACCCAGGGUCUGUGCACCUGCCUGACAUCAGGGGGCAGAGGUGUGUAACUGGCAUGUCUGCAGGAAGAUGCAAGAGCCAGACAUAUUCCAGAACAGAUCUUGGUUCCCCUUUCCCCAGGUUAACACAGAAACGGAAAAAUACAACAAAGAAGCUUUCCUCUCCCCUCCUUUUGUAAAUGAAAGAUCCCCAACUCAGUGAAUUCACCCAGUCCCUGUGAGUGUAUCUGAGGAGUACUGGUGUGUCCACGCACUGGGUCUCAAGCACCAACCUGGAGCCUCUGCGUACCCCGUGGCUUUAGGUCUGAAAAAUACCAAGCUCUUCCUAUCUCUGCAAGUCCGCCGUGGUAGAUACCUCGUCUUGAGCUAUCUUACUUGAGUUUACAGUAGGACCCGUAGAUAAGCACAUGGAGCAAGUCUGAGCUGUGGAAGAUCAGACUGCACCCCAUAUCCUGGGCUAGCUAAGCCUCAACACUGGUAAUACCCUUCUUCCCCCUGAACCACCACCCGGCAAGAGCGGCAUCUGACAGCAGUGUGAGUGAUGGAGGGGGGGCUGCGUUAGCCCGAGCGCUUGUCGAUUUGGGAAACACCAUCAAACACAAUUAGCGAACUCUGGCGGUCUUGCAACUAACUGCUGCAUCUCUUUGCCACAUCGUCACCUUCACACUGCUUCUUCUUGAUUUUCCACAGCCCAUCUUCUUCUGAACUCUAGGACUGUUCCUGAUCACCCAAGCUCUCCACAACCUAAUGCCAGUAUGGAGUGUUUUUCAGGAAAUACCGUUUGUGUCAAUAAAGUGUCUCUAAACGCG